AUGCCGUUCGCGACGUCCACUCGGUCGCUCGGCGCCAGGGCGGUGCCCCUCGCCACGGCCGCGGCACUCUCAUUCACCAUCUACGCCACCCACUCGUUCUCCCACCCGGCUCGCAAUGACGACACUCCCGUCGAGACGACAGUUCUGCACGCCAACGCAAAGGCAGGCAGUGUGCCCACGGUCAAGGGCAAGAUCCUGCUGUCUGGUGCGUCCGCCCCGCUCACUCCUCUCGGGUGGGGGUCUAACACGUACCUCACCGUUCUCCCGGAUGUGGCCCGCAAGACGAUCAAGCGUCCCACGGCCAUGAGCCAGCUUGGCGCGACGCCGUACCGGGACCUGGCGAUUCACGAGAAGUAUGGUGCAGUCAUUGACGCGCGUGGUGAUCUCUGGAUGUGGGGUGCUGGCUACGACCCCGAGGGCGAGGUCGGUCGCUCCCUCCGCGGCAAGAGACUCCGCAAGCUCGCCCCAGGCCCGGGCAAGCUGUUCUCCCUCAGCAAGGACGGACGGCUGUACGUCGUCUCUGCCGAUCGCGCGUUCCAGGAUGCCCACAAGAAGUCCCGCAGCUGGUGGAAGAAGCUCGUCACCCGCGACCCCAUUGUCGACUUUGUUGAGCUGCACGCCAAGGCGCUGAACUGGGGCGAGCACUUUGCCGGCGUGGCCGUGGGCCAGCACCACCUCUUGGCCGUGACCAACCACGGACGUACCUUCUCCCUGCCGCUGUCGCCGGCGGCCAACACCCACCGCCAGCUGGGCACGAAGCAGACGUUCCCCGUGGCGGACACGCCCAAGGAGGCCCUCGCCCAGUCGCCCGACCUCCCGCCCGCGAGCGACCCGCGCUUCGCAACGACGCUCACUGAGAUCCCGGCCCUGUCGGGUAUCCAGAUUGCAGAGGUUGCCGCGUCAGAGCGCUCGUCGUUUGUGCGCACGACCGAGGGCCGCGUCCUCGGCUUUGGCGCAAACGACUAUGGCCAGAUCGGUCUCGGCCCCACCACCACCGUCUCCACCGUCCCCACCCCCGUCGAGAUCUCGCUCGGCAAGGCAUACCCCAACGGCGCAUCUGUGCGGUGUACAGGUAUCACGGCCGGUGGCCAGACUACGCUGUUCACUGUCGAGUCGACGCUUCCCGGCGCCUCUACUACGCUCGUGGACGUCCUGUCGUGCGGCAACGGCCAGAACGGCUCCCUCGGAUCGGGUAUGUGGUCGUCUGCGUCGUACGCUCCGGCGCGCAUCAAGGCCAUCUCGAGCCUCCAGGAGUACUCGGAGAAGGAGGGCAAGACAAUCCCCAUCGGCAUCUACUCCCUCUCCAUGUCUCCCUCGCCCAUGUGCCACGCCUUUGCCGUCCUCGACACGGUCCGCAACGCCGACGCCAAGGGAGCCGGCGAAGGCCUGUUCGGCAAGGAUGUGCUCGUCUGGGGCGGCAACAGCGACUACCAGCUGGGCACGGGCAAGCGGUCUGCCCAGGCCACGCCCCAGCACCUCGCCUCGGUCAUCCCGCAUGCCAUCGACACGCUCGUGGCUGACAUUGGCACCGAGGAGGUCGAGGGCAGCCCCAUCCCCGUCACCCGCCUGCAGUUGCACACGGGCAAGGCGGACGCCUAUGACCCCAUGGGCAAGCUCAUCAAGCGCGGUGUCAAGGUUGAGGAGACGCUGGUGGCUGGAUACAACUGUUCGGUGCUGUACAGCAAGAUUGUCAGCUGA